CACCCUCUUUGCUGCACAGAUGAUAACGGUGAUGGCGGGCGGACUGUGUGGCUGGAGCCGGGCGGCUCUUCUCCAGCUCCUUCUUGGCGUAAACCUGAUGGUGAUGCCCCCCAUCCAGGCCCGGACUCUGCGCUUCGUUACCUUGCUGUACCGACAUGGAGACCGGACACCAGUGAAGACAUUUCCCAAGGACCCCUAUCAGGAAGAUGAAUGGCCCCAAGGGUUUGGUCAGCUCACCAAGGAGGGGAUGCUACAGCACUGGGAGCUGGGCCAGGCCCUGCGGCAGCGCUACCGUGGCUUUCUCAACACUUCUUACCACCCACAAGAGGUUUAUGUGCGAAGCACUGACUUUGACCGUACUCUCAUGAGUGCUGAGGCCAACCUGGCUGGACUUUUCCCUCCCAGUGGGAUGCAGCGUUUCAAUCCAAACAUCUCUUGGCAGCCUAUUCCCGUCCACACUGUGCCCAUUGCUGAGGACAGGCUGCUGAAGUUCCCAUUGGGUCCAUGUCCCCGUUACGAGCAGCUGCAGAACGAGACCCGGCAGACACCAGAGUAUCAGAAUGAGAGUAUUCAGAAUGCACAAUUUCUGGAUAUGGUGGCCAACGAGACAGGGCUUACGGACUUGACACUGGAGACCACCUGGAAUGUCUAUGACACACUCUUCUGUGAGAAAACACAUGGGCUGGUCCUGCCGCCCUGGGCCUCACCCCAAACCAUGCAGCGUCUGAGCCGGCUAAAGGACUUCAGCUUCCGCUUCCUCUUCGGGAUCUACGAGCAGGCAGAGAAGGCCCGGCUUCAGGGGGGAGUCCUGCUGGCUCAGAUACGGAAGAACCUGACACUGAUGGCCACCUCCUCCUCCCACCUCCCUAAGCUGCUGGUUUACUCCGCGCAUGAUACCACCCUGGUUGCUCUGCAAAUGGCAUUGUUUGUCUACAAUGGUGAACAAGCCCCCUACGCCUCCUGCCAUAUAUUUGAACUGUACCAGGAAGAUAAUGGGAAUUUCUCAGUGGAGAUGUACUUUCGGAAUGAGAGUGACAAGGCCCCCUGGCCACUGAGCCUGCCUGGCUGUCCUCACCGCUGCCCACUGCAGGACUUCCUGCAUCUCACAGAGCCUGUUGUGCCCAAGGACUGGCAGCAGGAGUGCCAGCUGGCAACUGGUCCUGCAGACACAGAGGUGAUCGUGGCCUUGGCUGUAUGUGGCUCCAUCCUUUUUCUUCUCAUAGUGCUGCUCCUCACCGUCCUCUUCCGGAUGCAGGCCCAGCCUCCCGGCUACCGCCACGUUGCAGACGUGGAGGAUCAUGCCUGACAACCACUCAGCCCCCUUCCCUCUGCCUCUUAGGGGAGGUGGGCUUGGCCCUCACUCCUGACUGUUGCUGCUCCCUAGCCCUUGGGCAGGAGGCCCUGGGUUGGGCCUUCCUCUGAUUACCCCAACCUAGACGAACAAGUGGGACUCGGCUUGGCCCAUGGCACCUGCCACUCAAUAUUCACGUGCCCGAUGUUUCCCAAGUGCUGUGUUGGAUGUUGGCUCUCUCCAAAUAGGAUCUGCCUCCUCCAUGCUCCCUAAGGACAUGAUAUGCAGACAAGGUUUAAAGUUUCACUCAGGACCCGGGAUAAAAAACUGAAGAAGUUGGUGCUUCAUCUGCCUUGCCCCCUGGUCAAGACCUGCUCUCUCUUCCAGCCCGGAGUCUUUGGCUAAUGGCUCAGAAGACACAGUCUUGCCUGUCAGUGCUUGUUUCACUGGGAAAAACUGUAUAACAUUGGGGACACGAACACUGGCCACCAAGGAACCAAACCACCCAACAGCCAGCCAGUCAAGUUUCCCUUCUCCAGCUGAAGCUACCAUUAGUCAGACAGACUGCCUCAGGUAUCCUGCGUACGCCUGCAGCUUGAGUAGGUCCCAAGGGUGUUUGUACUUGGGAGGGAGUCGAGGGAGGUGGGAGGAGAGUGAGUGGUGGUACAGUCAUGAAACUACUACCCCCUCGCCUGGGCUCGGGCCUCCAGGGAUGUGAGGUAAAUGCAGGUUGUAAGCUGGACAGCUGUUGACUAUGGCCCACAAUAGGACUGAAGGUAGCUUGAGGAAAAGGAAAAUUUUGGACUCUUAAUGCUGUUUCUGUGCCUGUUCUUCGUUUUGGAGACCCAGGAGUGCUUUGACCAGGUCAGCGUUGGAAGAUUCACUCAGAAGCUCAGUAGGGUAUAGUUUUAUUGUCCAUGUCAAUAGUGAGCACAAAUAAAAAACCACCACCUGA